AUGAUACUCAACGUCUUCAUUCUGGCCCUGCUGGCACAAUGUGAUCUCGCCAGCGCAUUCUCCCUGCCCCCGUUCCUGGAGAAGCUCUUCAGCCGGGAUCACGACACAGGGCCGAUCGUUAGUCGCCGCUUCAGCGAGUAUCAGCUACCCGUGGCGGCCGAGACGCACGAAUUCGCGCGCGUGCCCGAUACCGACUUCCUCGUCCUCUCGCAAAUGUCAAACAGCCGACUGGUUAAGAUCCAGCUGGAUUCCGUUACCGAGGAGCCCAUAGGCCACCACUCGUUCCCCAUGGGCUCCAACGACAGGGCUGGGCUCCACGGUAUUUGGCCUUCAGAUGAGGAGCCAGGGAUGAUCUGGAUUUCGCUGCAGUCGGAGAACAGACUGCAGCUCAUCGACCCUGGACGUGGAAGCCUUGACGAGGCGCCAACCGUCAUCAGGACCAUUGACGUGCCGGAGCCUGGCAACGGCCCGCACUCCAUCUUCGAGAUUAAUGGGCGUGUCUGGGCCGGACUCAAGGUCGCCUCCGAGCAGACGGGUGAAUACUUUGUCUUCUCGGUCAACGUCGACGGUACCGACCCCAUCCUGUACCCAUGCCUCAACAGCCCUGUCUUCAUCAAAGAAGACCCGUCCACUGGCCUCAUCUACGUCACCCAGGAUGCUGAAUCUUCCAUCAUGCGCCUCAACAUCACGAGUGGCGAGACGGAGCAGCUGCCAAUCCCUACCAGCGUCGGCAACACCCCGGUCGGCAUGACCACCAUCACAUCCGGCCCGCUGAGCGGCGUCUGGUUCAGUCUGGCUGGCAACUCCACCGGCGGCACGGGGACCUUUGGCCGUGUCGUCCCCUCGACGGGAGAGCUGGAGUUCUUCCAGCUCACCAGGCCAGCCGCGCUUGGCUUCAACGCGGGACUGUUGCACAUUGCCGACGCCACGACCGAGGCCGCGGGCCCGGGGCUGUGGCUGCUGUCGACCACGCUCUUGAGCAGCAGCUCCGGAGACGCAUUGAUCCGCGUGGGGCUCAACGACGCCGUCACGGCCAUCACCGGCGAGGAGUACAUCGCUCUACCCACGCAGGACGCGUGGGCACACCGCGUCGUCGUCCUCAACUCGACCGUCAUGGUCUCGGAGCUCCGCACCUACACGCUCGCCCAGCUCGUGUACGAGAAUGAGGCUCCAGGAAUGUGGGCACCUACUGCAGCCCGUUAG